CUUUUGUAUUGCAUUGCAAGCAUCAAUGCCUGCAGGUCGGCCGCGGCUUCCAAGCACCAAAGCCAAAGCGGCAGUCACCGGCUACGCCGCGCUGACCGACAGCCUGCGCAUCACCGGAGCGCCACAAAACCCACGGCGACCACUGCCGUCUAUUUCUACCAGCACAGGAGGAGCAGGAGCGGCGGCAGGAGCGUCGGCGACACCCAAAGGCAAAGGCAAAGGCAAAGGCAAAGGCAAAGGCAAAGGCAAAGGGAAAGGCAAAGCCCGCCAACGAGAUCAGAACGCGACGAGCGACUCCAGCCAAAGCAGCGACAGUGCCAGCGACAAUGAUGAGGACAGGGAACAUGGUGCUGCGGCUGCGGCUCACAUGGACAGCCAAGCCACAGACGCAGGAACGCACUCGCCGUCCUCGUCAUCGCGGCACAUGGCCAAGUCCGGAUCAUCACCGUCAACACCCACUCUCAAGAACAAGGCGCGGAUUGCUCGCUUGCUCGAGGCCGCUGCGAUCGUAUCUCCAGCAGAGAACAACCGAUUUGUCGAUCUCGACCAAGUGAGCGCGUCGCAAACAGCUUCACAACGGCGAACGACCGCUUCGCAGCGCAUGUUGGAUCGCACGUUGGCAAGCCGAGCUGCUGCUGCUGCUGCUGCAGACAAUGACGCCGACACUGAUGGAGGUGACGAGGAACAAAGAGAAACACAAGAUGACGACCAAGACGCGUAUUCUGAGACGGACGAAUCAGAAUCAGAGUUUGAAUGGAGCCAGCUGGACGCAGAUAUGCCACCCGCGAAUGAAGCGACCGACCAAGACAACCCUGCCCUGCUCCGUCCGCUUCGAAAAACGUGGCCCAAUGUUCUUGAUUUUCAGUCGCCGGAAUGCGAUGAAACGCUGCGCGCAGAACUCGUUGCCUUGGCGCACCAUUGUUGGCGCCAUCGACCAGCCGAGCUUCGACGCUCUAGCAAGUUUUCCAGCAACGCCGCCACCGCAGGCGAGGCUUCUACUCUGCUCGGUAGUAUCGGCGAAAACGACAUGCCAGACCUCCUGUGCAAUCUGGUGGUCGAACGCACCAUUGUCUUUCUCGACUCGUUGAUUCGCGAGGUGCGAAAUUUCGGCAAGUUUAAACACCGCCAGACUGACAAGCGACGCGGUGCCGAUGCCGUCUCUGUCUUUUCCGCCGCUAGUUUGUGCACUCUUGAUGCCGAAGCCCUCCGACGAGCGCGGGGACGACUUACUAGCAGUGGUUUGGUCACAACCGAGCAGCUGACCCGUCGCAAGAAAGAGUAUCGCUGGCGCCGACGAAAGCGUGCCAGGCGGGAUGAAGAGAAUGGAAGCACGAGCGAGGCAUCGUCCUCGUCCUCUUGA